AUGAAACUCACGUUCACCCUCGGUAUCGCGGGGCUUCUUUGCCUCGCCGUGGGUGACAUUGUUUACUCCAACUUCACCAAUGUCUCUCUCAGCAACUCUUCCAGUCUACAGAUCGGCUCCACUGAGCAAACAGUUCAUGUUACGACCAACGAUGGCGACCUAUGGCACCGCGCGACUUGCCGGGGCAAUAGAUUGCUUCUAGGCACCACUCUCAACCCAGACCAGGCAGCCUUGCAUGUUACUCCUCUGACUACUCCCUGGCACGGUACUCUAGUGAACGAAAUGGCUACUUGGGGCUACAGCGACGAUAGCGAUAAUCCGCGAAGGAUCGACGAUUGCGACUUCACAAUAAGUGGUGACCUACAGAGGGUUUUCGAAGGGCUGCGUCUCGAUCCACGAAAUUCCCGACAGGGCGGACCCAAUCACUGCUUCACCAUUGUUCAUUACAGUGGACCUGCCGUCGAAAGAAACAGAGAUGGAAGCAUGCCACCUCUUAGUGAGCAGCAUUACGUUGUCAAUGGUCGGAGAUAUAGGGUCACUGGCGCUCUCUUUACCAUUGGGAUAAAUGCUGGCGACGGAAUCAUCUACUUGGUACAGCGUGAAUCCCCGGAACACGAAGCUCGCAAGCUUUGGGAAGUACCAGAGGAGGUUCCAAUUCCCCGAGACCAACUACCCGCCUUGAGAUCCAGCUCAGACAUAGCGUGGGGUCUGUGGAACAGAAUGAGCGCUCACAAUCUGGGAAACAUCAAUGCUUUCAUGUCCAUCACGGUUAUCAACGCGGACACUGGAGACAUCAUAGACAAAGCACUGGAAAAAAGAGGGAUAUACUCGGUGCCAGCUUGGCCAGGAUACUCUUUUCAUUCUGGGAGUGAAGAAUAUUCAGCUCUCCUCGGAUCACCAAAUGGACUAGCCGUCGGCUACUUUCUGACUCAGCACAAGCGCGAGAUCGGAGGCAACAAAUACGUCAGUGAGAUUGUCGUUUUUCGAGAAGAUGAUGAAACGAGUUGGCCCUACUUGCUCUUCUAUGUUGAUUGGGCACCCCCGCCACCACCACCACCGCCGCCGCCACCAGCUAGUCACUCACAAGAUAAACGCAUGGAAGGUGAGGCGGAUAACUUACAGCAGAAAUCGCGGAGCCAGCAUGAAACAAAAAGGGUAUUGAAUAAGAGUAGUGAUGGAAAGCACGUCAUGAGGGAGCAUGUUAUUUGGGCGGAGUAG